UUCGAUACGACGCUUCACUUCGCGCAGAGCUCUGAUGGAGUGAGGUGGAUCGUCGAGUGUGUGAGGUGAAGUGCGUUCCAAACUUGUAGUCAAAGAGAAUACAACUCAAACAUUAAUCACGUACAUUUUUUUAUUACAUCACUAUUUUGGCCACUCCUGAUUUUAAAAUAUUUUUACAAGUUCCACUCUUAGACUAGUCCCACUAACGCAUCCGAAAUAUUGAACGCCACCUAUGAGAAUUUCGUAUUGUUAGUGACGGAAGAUAUUCGUAUCAACUUGUGGCACUGGUUUGUGGCGAAACUGUUCUAGUCUCACACGGUGUAGUUCGUGGCGAGUAAAUUUCAUACAAAUUUUCCACUUCGGAUGAGAAAAACGGGUAGAUUUUUCGCAGUGACUUUCAACAAACUUGUUGAGAUAACCGAAAGCCUGCCGAAAGUUCAGUGAAAUAUUAGUGAAAGGUGCAUAAAUUUAAAGACACAGAGUUCUAUUUGUUCUCCGGGACCGGUACAGUGGCCGUACGAUUUAAUUAAAAUUAAAUCGGGCACGUUUAAAGAAUUACCAAAUGAAAUGGAUAUAAAAUAUAAGAGCGAGUAUGAGUUUUUGGAUAUGUCGGGUUUAGACGACAGAACUAAAUGCGAAAUAAUUGUCGUUCUUAACUCCGGUACCGCCACGGAAGUAUUACAGUUACCGUGGGAUACUGGAGAGACAGAAUACUACGGUGCAGAGGUCAUAUCGGAAGCUUUAGACACUAAUCGAAGCUGGCAAACCUACGACCCGGAACAGAGCCAAAUGUCUUAUGAAGGCGAGAUGGUAACGUCAGGAGCGGCAGUCAUGGCGCGGAUGCCACAAAUCGAUAUGCCUUACGCUCACACUCAUCGUCAAAUGAUGACUCCAGUUUACACCGGAAUGGUUCUCACUCAACCUAACAUGUACGAAAUGGGUCCAGAAUUUAGCACACAGACUUACAUGCAGGGUAUGGGUUUCCCACAUCCGUUAUACCUCCAAGAAACUGAGAUUCACGAGGUGCCGCUGGGCAGGGAGAACAGAAGACGAGGCCAUCACCGCGGCCGAGGCAGCAAACGGGAUGCCAGCAGCCGCUACAUGGACUCGGGCAACGAAAUAGGACCUGCUUACCACUCUGCUCAGGCUCAGUACCACAGAAUGCAGAGAAACAUGUGUUCCCCGACGAUUUACUACCAGACGGAACACUCGAAUCCUCAGCGACAGCGUUCUUACUACCCAUCGACGACCCUCUAUUCCCCGUCCUCACAGCACCCCGUUUAUAACCAGGUUAGUCAGCACCCGGGAGCCGGUACUCAGUACACGCAACACAAUUCUACGACUCCAGCAUCUCGCUCGCGUCCGGAGUUGGCAAAGAGUUCGGUGCAAAAAGAGGAUCCCGUCCCUCGCCCAAAUGCCAGUAACUAUGGUCCGCCACCUCUAAGUAUUCAGAAAAAGCCAGAGCCGAUAAACUCCCCUCAAACAAAUAUAGACUGUGUCACAACCGUGAUCGUUAAUAACAGUGCGAGCAAGCAGAAGCUUGAUAACAGCGUUGCUACUGACUCUGUCUCCAGUAGCAAUAACAGUUUUAAUAAUAGUAAUAAUAAUAAUUGUUCUAGUAGUACUAUUAGUAGUAUCAAUAGUAGGUACAGUAACAAUAAUAAGACUAUCAAUAAUAAUAAUAUCAACAACAACAAAGUGCCUCCUGUGAACAUGACGAUAGAGCACAAUAUCGUCGCUACGGUUAAUAAGAGUUGCGAACUUUCAGAGAAAACUGAUGUACCGUAUGUCAAUAUUAACAGCAGUAUUCAAGUCAAACAAAAGACGGAGAAUAACGUCGAGUUCAGGAAGGAAACCGUCUCCCUUAAUCAGACAAAUGUUCCCAAAACUACGGUCAAACCAGAACCAGUUGCAAAAAUUGAUGAACCACAAGAGGAGAGUGUAAAAAUUAGUGUUCAGGCAGUUGAAAAACAAAAGGAAAGUGUUCCAACACCACAGUUGCUGAUAACUCCUGUUACUCGCGCAGCACCGGAAUCCAGUCCAUCUUGGGCUAGUAUUUUGAAAAAAACAAAUAAUGAACCCUUUCCUUCCGGCAUAACAAACGGCAAACCUACAGCACGCAUUUGUCCAAUGUGCGUUGAUGUUGCAUCAGAUUGUGAAGCUACGCUAAAAACGAAUUUUUCGCCCAACGAAGCACCUGGAACUCGACAAUUACAUGGAAAGCCUAGAGCCUUUCCGGCACUCGAACCUAUCAACCAUGCAACGACAGCCUCAAAUCGAACUGAGGUGCAGAAAGAGUGUAAUAAUUCUUCAAACAAGUUUAAUGACCUCGACGCAUUCAAAACAGGAGAGUUCUUAUCAAAAUAUCAAAUGAAGAAACAAACUGUCAGUCUUUUACCUCGAGGGCUGAUCAAUCGAAACAAUUACUGUUACAUCAACAGCAUACUGCAGGCACUCCUUGCUUGCCCACCGUUCUAUAAUCUCCUCAUGGCUAUGCCUUAUUCCAAGAAUACUGCACGUAAUAGUACCUCCAACAAUUUGAUAACCAAUAUGAUUCGAUUUGUACAUGAAUUCUCUCCGCUAGCAGCUGGGGCUCGAUUGCCAAGGAAAGACAAAACACAUAAAUGUGCCGAUGAAACUGUCGUUAAUGUACAAUCUGGCAUUGCCUUUGAGCCUACUUAUGUCUACACUAUGUUAAAGAAUACGUCGUGUGCUAGUGUGUUUUCUGUCGAAGGCAGGCAGGAAGAUGCCGAAGAAUUUCUCUCUUGUCUGCUUAAUGGCAUUAGUGAUGAAAUGCUUGAAAUGAUGAAAUUGGGAAGCAAUGAAACUACUCCCACUACCACUGAGAACGAAUUUCUUCAAACAAAUCAGGGCGAUCAGGAAGAGUGGAAAAUCAUGGGACCAAAGAAUAAAGGAUCCAUCACACGAUGUACAGAAUUCGGACGAACACCUUUAUCAGAUAUAUUCCGCGGGCAAUUGAGAUACAGGGUAUCCCGCGCAGGAGAACAGCCGACGGAUAAUGUUCAGCCUUUCUUCACUUUGCAGUUGGACAUUGAGAAAGCUGAAUCUGUAAAAGGAGCUCUGGAAAUAUUAGUCGGCCGAGAUCAGCUCGAGGGAAUGACGUGCAGCAAAACAAAACGGGAGAUCGAAGCAUGGAAGCAAGUCACCCUCGAGGAGCUUCCGGUGAUUUUAAUUCUCCAUCUCAAGUGGUUUGACUACAAACUAGAUGGAUGUUCGAAGAUUUUAAAGAGCGUAGAGUUUCCGAUUGACCUCAAAAUAGACAGCAAAAUUCUGUCGUCAAAUGCGUCUAAAAAACUUUCGCCUAAACAAAAACAAUAUAAAUUAUUUGCCGUGACAUAUCACGAUGGAAAAGAAGCCACUAAAGGGCAUUACGUCACGGAUGCUUUUCACGUUGGUUACGGAGGCUGGGUGAGGUACGACGAUAGCUCACUUAGGGGAGUCUCAGAACGUAAUGUGUUGAACCCGCUGCCGCCCAGAGUACCGUAUCUUUUAUAUUACAGAAGAUUGGAUACCAUCGGUAAUAACCAGCUUAACAACGACAGGAUUCGUUAAGUAGUUGAUAAGAAAUUUAGUAGAUAAAACUGCAUCUUUUUCUAUAGUUUCUAUAUACAUAUAUAAAUUUCAACAUUUUUUCACCAUACAAUUUAUAUUUAGCUAUGAAAAUUUAUCAAAUGACUCGUUACUAGAUAUUAUAAAAAUUGCCUUAAUU